AUGACACAGACCAAAACAGCAGACUAUACUGUCAGUACGCUUGGGGGGGACGAUGUGCGGCUACUGGUGACCAUGCCGGUGGAGCUGACGGCGAGCAAGAAGGUGCCGGUGAGCAUCGUAGUGUCGGGCCGGUGCGAUGGCGUUAAUGAGGAGCUGGCCGCUACGGUGUAUGGCGUGCCAUAUAAGGGCUCUGAUGUGGUGACGAGCGUGCUGCUGGAUACAGCCGACAACCGGAUACGGGAUUUUGGGUCGACUUUCUGCCGUGUGCUGGUGAAGAAGGUCGGGCUCCCCUGUUAUGUGAGCGUGAGCAGCAGCGUGGGCCGGAUGCUCGACAGCGGCGACCAGCUCGCGGUUAUCCGGAAGGCGCUCGAACACCUGACGUCGUAG